UUUCAGAUGGCCUCGGCGAAGCUGAGGUGGCUGUACAUGGCGCUGGUGGUGCUGGGCGCCCUCUGCUUGUACUUCAGCAUGCACGACCUGGCCCUGUUUAGAGGAGGCCCAUUAAUUUUCAAGAAGGACAGCGGGAGGUUCCUCCAGCUCCCCGCCGUGGACUGCCGGCGGGACCCCCCCUUCCUGGUCCUGCUGGUGACGUCCUCCCAUGAGCAGCUGUCUGCGCGCACGGCCAUCCGGAAGACGUGGGGCAGGGAGAGGGUCGUGCAUGGGAAACGGACCGAGACGUUCUUCCUCCUGGGCACCACCCCCAGCGAGGCCGCGGCCCGCGCGGUGGCCCAGGAGGGCCGGCGGCACGGCGACAUCAUCCAGAAGGACUUCCUGGACGUGUACCUGAACUUGACCCUGAAGACCAUGAUGGGCAUCGAGUGGGUCCACCACUUCUGCCCGCAGGCGGCCUUCGUGAUGAAGACGGACUCCGACAUGUUCGUGAACGUCUCCUACCUGGUGGAGCUGCUGCUGCGGAAGAACCGCACGGCCCGGUUCGUCACCGGCUUCCUGAAGAUGCACGAUCUCCCCAUCCGCCAUAAGCACAGCAAGUGGUUCGUCAGCAGGUACGAGUACCCGUGGGACAAGUACCCGCCCUUCUGCUCGGGCACCGCCUACGUGUUCUCGGGUGACGUGGCCAGCCAGGUGUACAACGUCUCGGAGAGCAUCCCCUUCCUCAAGCUGGAGGACGUGUUCGUGGGGCUCUGCCUGGCCAAGCUGCGCAUCGGCCUGGAGGAGCUGCACUCCGAGCAGACCUUCUUCCCGGGCGGCCUGAGCUUCUCCAUCUGCCGCUUCCGGAGGAUCGUGGCCUGUCACCACGUGCAGCCCCAGAAGAUGCUGAUCUACUGGAAGGCCCUGGAGGACUCCGAGGGAGAGGCGUGUCCAGCCGAGUGA